AUGCUUUCCUUUUCAUAUGGUAUUGUCGCUUUGUUAGCUGUUGCUGUAAAUGGCCUUGCAGUUCCAGAAGUCUCCAACCAUGAAUCUAGAGACAAUCUUAAAGUUUUAUCCAUGGACUUUAAUGUCAAUAGAGAUCAAUCCACUGCCCCUCUGAUCAAAAGAAGAGCAACAGGUGUAAGUUCUACCAUUGAGAACCGUUACUACUUCUAUUCUAUGGAAUUGUAUGUUGGCUCAGACAAACAGAAAAACGUUGUUUCAGUUGAUACUGGAAGUUCAGAUUUGUGGGUAGUUGGUAAAGGUGCACAAUGCAGUGAUACACAGUGUUUUGAAGAUGGUUCAUUCGAUGGUUCGACAUCCUCAACAUUCAAAAAUUUAAACCUCCCUUACACUUUCAAGUACAUCGACGGAACUAGUACUCUGGGAACCUAUGUCACUGACGAUGUAACUAUUCCUGGAGGAGUUACGGUGAAGAAUCAACAGUUUGCAGUCUCAAAUAAAACUACUUUGGGACGCGGACUACUUGGACUUGGAUUGGUCACCGAAGAAGCCAGAUAUUACCAAGAUCUUCCAGGUGUUGAGGAUUACCCUAACCUUCCAGUACAAUUGAAGAACCAGGGUACCAUCAAAAAGUCUGCCUACUCAAUGUACUUGAAUGCUCCAGAUUCGCAAUCAGGUGUAAUCCUUUUUGGCGGUAUUGAUAAAGCCAAGUACGAGGAGCCAUUAACUACAAGAAAAGGAUUCUCUACCAAGAGAUUAGGUAUUACUGUGGACUCCAUAGAAGUAGGAGGUAACUCUCUUACAUAUCAGGGAGCAACUAUUUUUGACUCUGGAUAUUCGUUUUCUAGAUUACCUCAGAAUGUUCUUGAUGCUAUUACCAACGAAGUUAAGUCCUCCAAUGGAGCUUUAAACUGCUCACCACCAGAGGACAGUUCGAUUCUGUUAAAAAUCGGCGAUACUGUGGUCAAGGUACCCCUUUCCAGCUUGGUAACCAAUGCGAGCAACGGAUGCAGUUUGACAGUCUCUUUGGCCGAUCCUAACGAUUUUAACAACUUACCUACCUUAGGUGAUGAUGUCUUGAGACAUGCUUAUGUGGUCUACAACCUUGAUGACAAUACUAUUGGUGUUGCACAAGCUAAGUACAGUAACUCAACUGACAUUGUUGAGAUUUGA